AUCGCUGGGUAGAUCUUAUACGUCUGCCUACAAUAAUUAUGCUCUUAGCAACGGAUUUCAAUGCCUUGUGUACAGGCAUACUGUUUUUUGGACUAUACGAGCGCAUGCAGCUGAUACAAAGAACUUUGGAGAACAAUUUUGUUCCUGUAAAUAUUGUUGGCCAAGAUCAGCUGCAGAAAAACGUGAAGAUUGUCAGAAAAUGCGUCAGUUACUAUAGCAACCUGCUAGAUAGUUUUGACGCUGUUGAAACACAGUUACAGGUUAUGGGUUUCUCAUUUGAUGUUCUCAAGUUGGUAAUAGAAAACUUGGGGUCUUUAUUUUUGACAACGUCACCAGCUAUUGCCUCAGAAUUGAUCAGUAACGAAAUAGACGCAAUCAAGGCGACGCUUGUUACUCAGUUGGUUCGCUGCUCAGAUCCGUCUCUCUCGUCUGAGCUGGAGGUUGCUCUGCAUUACAUCCACAUUCGGCCGUUCAAGUUCGUGAUCUGCAGAGCCGUGCCCGUCAAUAUCAACAUGCCGAUUACUAUAAUCAGUUUCUGCAUCACCUACGUCAUUGUCAUCAUGCAGUUUAUUCACUUCAGCAACUUGUAA